AUGAAAUCCUUCACUUUGACCUCCGUCGCGCAUGUCCUUGUGCUCGCGGGACUCUCAGAUGCGUUCUGGCGCAUGGAGUGCCCAAACCGCUCGGCACUUGCGCGUAUCGAUCCAUUGGUGUCUAUUGGUAGUGCUGCUCAGCAUGUCCAUGCGAUCCAUGGAUCAAGUGGUUUCUCGGCAUCUUCUUCAACUGCGGACCUGCUUGCCGGCCAAUGCACAUCUUGCAGAGUCUCUGAGGACAAGUCUGCCUACUGGACUCCUGCUGUUUACUUCAAGAGCGCCUCUACCGGCGAGUUCACUCUUGUAAACCAGGUUGGUGGGAUGCUCGCCUACUACCUCCUUUUUACAAAUGCUGGCGAGAAGACUGUCACCGCAUUUCCACCUGGCUUUGAGAUGAUCUCGGGCGACACCAACCAACGCAAUUAUAGUUACCCCGUUCCAGAUGCUGUAGAGAAGUCUCGUUGGGCUAGUACUGCUCCCUACAAUACCCAGGCUUUCCUCCGCCAAGCUGCCUUGGGUUUCAACUGUCUCAACUACCAGAAGGCCCCAGAGCCCUCUCUCUACCGCCACUUCCUCCCAGACAAGGCAUAUCUUGAUGCUAACUGUGCCGAUGGUGUCCGGUUUGAACUUAUGUUUCCCAGCUGCUGGGAUGGCAAAAACAAUGCUCCCAGUGAUAAACAAAGCCAUGUUGCCUUCCCUGAUCAGGUUAUGACUGGUGAAUGCCCAAAGGGGUUCAAGACACGUCUUCCUUCCCUAUUCUAUGAGACUAUCUGGGAUACCCAUGCGUUCAGCGGCCAAGAUGGUCAGUUCGUUAUCUCAAAUGGCGACCCAACUGGAUAUGGAUACCAUGGUGAUUUCAUCAUGGGUUGGGACAGUGACUUCCUCCAGAAGGCUGCCGAUACUUGCACGAACCCUUCAGGAAGAAUUGAGGAUUGCCCUCUAUUCACAAUCCAAGACGAGGAUGCAUAUUCUUCUUGCAAAGUCCCCUCUAGCAACAUCCCUAUUGCCGCCGCUAAGGACCAACUGCUCUCAAAGUUGAGUUCGCUCCCGGGCAAUGUACAAAUCUUUGCUGGACCCGGUCGUGCCGGCGGCGGCAGUGCAGCACCAUCAAUCGAUCUUCCAAGCCCCAAGAAGCCUUCUGCGCCUGCGCCCACUUCUGACAUCGUGCCAGUUGUACCGACCGUGAGUUACAAGGCAGCUACAUCUGCAUCUAGCGGUGCGUACGUGCCUGGUGGAGCCUUCGCCGAGCAACCAUCCAGUCCUGCUGCGGCAGUCACCCCCGCCCCCAACGCCGCAUCUCUAGGCCCAUCGGAGAGCUUUUUCUCGACACAAUAUGCAACCAAGGGCAAUACCGUUGAGGAGGUCUUCUGGGUUGAGGAAGAGGUUACUACCACCAUCUUCGCCACCGAAACUAUGACUGCUGGUGCCAACAAGGGCCGAAAGCGCCACCUCCACAAGCAUAGACGUGCCGGAGCCGGUCACUAA